UCGGCUGAGAGGCCUCGGCUCUUCCAGCUUUAGCCGCUUGCCAAGUCGAUUCGAUUCCGCACCAUCCACAAUUAAUCACUAUCGCUAUGGAAGGCUUCGAUCUCGAGCAACUUGUGCACCUCGAACAGACAUUUUAUGACGCUGGAUAUACCGACGGAUUCGCUCAUGGACGCAUUCACGGCCUGAUCGAAGGGCGAGCACUGGGUAGAGAGAAAGGCUUUGAGAUCUGGGAAGAAAUUGGCUUUUACGAAGGGUUUGCAUUGGCGUGGCGAGCUAUAUAUGUCCGACAGCCGGACACUGAUCAGCGCACCGUACACCACAUCAAACAUUUACUCGAACUCAUCCAGCAAUUUCCGCGGGUCAAUCCGUCGGACCCGCAGUCCCACAGCAUGGCUGAAGAGGUCGACAUGGAAAAACUGCAACGUUUGAUUAGGUCGCGGUAUAAGGCUUUAUGCGCGUGCCUGGGGGUUCGGCCUACGUUGAGGGCAAAUUUAUCCUCCGGUGAUAAUACCGGUGAAGGAGACGGUCCGGACGUACGCCAAAACCCGAUCCGUCAAGUCUGGGCAUUGGAGGAGGACGCCAAACGCCCGACGAUGCACGGACUUAGCUUUUGACAUGGUGAUCCAUCCGUGCUACUAGAACGGAGGUUGUGCCCUCCGUGUCAUUCCCUAUGGAUGGGACGGGCUUUACCACGUACUGUAUCUGGCUGAACCGUCGGUUGAAUCGAUAAUUGGCGGUCAGUCAACACAGCACUCAUUUUUACUACCAUGGCUAAGAGGUCCCUGCCGGUGAAUCAAUUGUUGCAUCAGUCCCGCCCCCUCCAUGGACUCA